UAGUCCUCUAUAUUUUUUUACUGUCUCUCUAUCUUCUUCCUUUUUGCACUGUGUAACUGUGUUAUUAUUAGGGUUUUAAACUUAAAGGGUUUUUCUCUCUCUGCUCUUUUUCUCUCUAAGAAAAUCAGAGAAGAAGAUGGAUAGAUACACAAGGGUUGAAAAGCCAAAACCUGAAUCUCCGAUAAAUGAAAACGAGAUCCGAAUCACUUCUGGUGGACCUGUUAGAAACUAUAUUAGCUAUGCUACUUCACUUCUUCAGGAAAAACAUGCAAAAGAGAUAGUCUUGAAAGCAAUGGGACAGGCAAUCAGUAAGACAGUAUCCAUUGCAGAGGGUAUAAAGAGGAAAAAUCCUCGUUUAUAUCAAGAUACUGUCAUCAGUUCAGUAAGCAUAACUGAUGUUUGGGAACCCAUUGAAGAGGGCCUGUUACCUGUGGAACAGACUCGUCAAGUUUCAAUGAUCACAAUCACCUUAUCCUUUAGAGAGCUAAAUAUAAAUUCUCCUGGGUACCAAGCUCCACAGUCUGUGGAACAACCAAAGGAGCAGUAUCAGCCGCAGCCCAGACAAUCACGUGGUCCAUACAAUGCUGGUCGUGAUGAUUCAUAUGGGCGGGGACUUGGUCGUGGUAGAGGCAGAGGGCGGGGCUUUGGUCGAGGAAGAUAUGGGUACGGCAACUAUCAGGGAAACUAUCAAGGAAAUUAUCAAGAUAAUGCCGGUUAUUCAAAUUGGGGGCGUGGUGGUGGGCGAGGCAGAAGUUGGGGUUAUCGUGGUACUGGGUAUGAGAGGGGCAGAGGCGGAGGGGGCAGAGGCUAUGGUCGUGGCCGUGGAAGGAUGGGUGGCCGUGGAGGAAGAGGAGGAGGUGGUGGUGGUGGUGGUGGUGGUGUUGGUGGCAAUCAGGUUUAACAGGGAAUGAGUUCUCUUUUUGCUUUAGCUGAAUGCUUGCCUUGGCCAGUGGGCUAAAUUCUAUCUUGAAACUGUUUUUUAGUAGCAAGAAAUGUGGGUUAUCAAGCAGAGGUUGAUUUGUAUUUAGUUAUCUGCAUCAUGUGGACAUGGGCAAGGCAAGGUUGUUUUUCACUCAUUUUUGCAUUUAGCCGAUAGCAAGAGGAGGCUUGUGAUUGCUGUAAUUUAUUUUACCCUUUGUGGUUGCAGUUAUCUUGUUCAUAUUUUGUUA